GAGAGGGAGCGGGAACGAGGCCGUAGUGACGUGUAGCGCUGAGGAGUGGAGGCCGCUGGAAGCGAGUAGCUGCUCAGAAACAUUAUGUCAGAAGGGGACAGCAGUGGAGAUGCCAUUCACGGGAAACCAUCAGCAAUCAGCAGGUUUUUUACGCAGAUUGGACAGAUCUACCAGUCCUUCUUAGACAAGUCCACACCCUAUGGCAUUAUCCGAUGGAUUGUAACAUUUGUCUUUGGUGCAGUCUACAUGAUUAGAGUUUAUAUCCUGCAGGGAUGGUACAUUGUGACGUACGCCUUGGGGAUUUACCACCUCAACCUCUUCAUUGCUUUCCUGUCCCCAAAAGUUGACCCUUCACUAAUGGAGGAUUCAGAUGAUGGACCUGCUUUGCCAACAAAGCAAAAUGAGGAAUUUAGACCAUUUAUAAGAAGGCUGCCAGAGUUCAAGUUCUGGCACUCGGCCACAAAAGGAAUAAUAGUAGCCAUGGUUUGCACAUUUUUCGAUGCCUUCAAUGUACCUGUUUUCUGGCCAAUCUUGGUCAUGUACUUCAUUAUGCUAUUCUGCAUUACCAUGAAGAGGCAGAUUAAGCACAUGAUCAAGUACAGAUAUCUACCGUUCACACAUGGGAAAAGGACGUACAAGGGGAAGGAGGAUUCUACGAAAGCAUUUGCCAGUUAGAAAAAGUGCUGCAUGGCACUCCUGGAUUAUCUUCUCCCCCUCCUCUUUACAUGUAAACAUUGGACAAUAAUCACAACCGUGACAUGACUAUUAUUAUCAUGUUUGCUCCAGGCCUUUCUGAAGUGUACAUUUUAGAAGGUGAUUUAGUUUUGAAAUUUUUUUGGCACAGAGACAGUGUUUAUAAUAUGAUAUAUAUACACGCAGACAUUUUGUCCUGACCAUUUUGAUUUAAUUUAUAGAUGACUUCAUUUAAAUUUCCCUUUAAUUGUAUUUCUUUUGCCAGUUUCUUCAACUGUACUUCCUCCUUUUUGUCAUCUGGAAAGAAAGAAAGAAUUAAACUAUCAAAUCAGUUCCAUACUUGGGUAAUUAGACUACUUGCUAUGACUCCCCCAAGUUACUGAGGCUUUUGACAAGGAAAUUGCAGUAUUAAGAUGCUACAAUAUCAGUAGUUGGUAUUUAAUGGUUGAGAAUUGGAUGGCUUUUUACCAUGUUUUCUGGGUUUAAAUCAAACUUUGGAAGCGCAGUUUUUAUGUUGUGGCCUCUUGGAAGAGUUGUGGAGAAGCAAUCGGAGGAAUUUGGAGAGUGUGAGGAAAGAGAUUUGCAAGAACACCGAAACACAGGCUUGCAGCUUUUGAAGCUUUUGAGUGCUGUGGAACCAAAUAGCUUGAAGAUGGAGAUCGAACUUACCUCCUCUCCCACUUUUAAAUCCCAGAGUCAACUUUGAGGACAUUGUCAUCUAUGUCCCGAGUCAUGGCAUUGUAUUUUGAAUUCAUCAGGCUAGAUGUUAAUAAUGCGAAAGAAAUAAAAUUUUGAUAAAAAGUUUCCAAUCUGAACUCUAUGCUGAGCUUUAAACUUUGGAUUGCUACAAGGUACUGGUAGAUGCCUCAAUUACAAAUGUUAAAAUUCAACAGUUUUCAUGAUGUAAGGGAAGGGGGUAGCUUUAAGAUACAGUGGAGCUCUUUUUACUAUACAUGCUAAAGUAAAUAGCAAGCCUACAAUGAAUAAUGGGAACGGGAGAGGGAAAGAUUGGGGGGUUUUAUAAGAGUGUGAGCGAGACCAAUAUCUGAGAAGCAGUAAGGGCAAACAAAGGAUACUGAUCCAGAACAGAUCUGCAGACAUUAAACCAGUUAAAUCCCUCAUUGGAAAAUUUGUGUAUUAAAUAUAGAUUCACAGUGGGUAGCUAAAAUCAUUACAUAUAAUACAGGGUUGAGAUAUGAAAGUGCAUAGGUUUGUGUUUGGAUUAUCCUAUGGAAAUGGAACUCCAGUUCCCCAUUGUGCACUGGAGCUGCACUGAUGCCAAUUGUAGCAGCAUGAGGGGGUGGUCCAGGAUUUGCACUCAGCCCCCAGCUGGGGGCUAUCAGUGGGGCCCCAGCUGAAAAAUGGAUAUUGACUGCAACACUUCACUUCUCUGGUCGCUUAGCUGGUUGAGACUCUCAUAAAGCCUAUCUGCUUUGGAUAAAAGACUGGAGACCUGGGAGACCAAAUGAAUCCUCAGCACAAUUCAACACAUUAACAUGAUGUCAAAUGAAAACACUUUAUCAUUCGUUGACCAGUGUGAUUUUCAGCUCUCCAGCCCAAUAAUCUGUCAUAAUGUCAAACCAGGUGGAUGAAUACAUCCCGAAUGUGAUAAUGCCCUGAUUUAUAUAAUUGCACUAACAAACUCUCCCUCCAAUCAGAUCCCCAUCCAACCACCAUCACACCCCAAAGUUUAAAAUGUUUGAACCUAUAGCAGCUUCACCCUCUCAACAGAAGGGUUGAAGACUGUAGGUUACUUUAAAGAAAUAGUCAGCACAAUGUAGCAGCCCUUGCCCUUUAGAAAAUGUCUUGUUGCCUGCAUGGAAUAUAUAAACAAGACUGACUUUACCUGUGAUGCAUGAGUCAGUUUAACCCAACUUAAGAAAACUUUAACUUUCCAGAUGUAAUUUACCAUAUCCAAAGAAAGAUACAGUACGUGGUAUCUAAUUUUAAGGUACACCUGUUCAAUCUGUUUAUUAUUGGGAGUGUCCUGACAGCAUAAAUAAUACUCUACAGUGCAAUACUCUCAUAGUUUAGUGUAACCCCUGAUUUCACAUUACUUAGUGAUGUAUGUAUCUCCAGUCUGUAUUUUGUUUUCUUAACCGUUUUUCAUUCUAAUUUUGUAUUUAAAAUACUUAAACUAGAGGGAGAUUUAAGUUGCCAGGUUUUGUUAGGUUUUCCACAUAAUUGUUCUUUCACCUUUCAUCCUGUUCACCCAACAUGCAGAACAAAAGCGACAUCCUAGUUUCUAGUGCUGUAGCUUGGGAGUUGGUAAGUCUAGCAUAACCAGGGUAACGCCACAAUCCACUUGCAUUUUUGUUUGCCAUGGAGUGCAUUUACUGUAUAUAAUAUCGAUUUAAUUCACAUUGUGAGUGUGAUGUGCAGGAAUUGAUGCAAUUGGAAUAGAUGUCAAGUAAGUGCUAACACUAGUGCUAGGUUAUACCAACUCUUGCUGGACUUGUUCACUGUUUGCUUAACUUUUGAGGUAGGAGUUUGUUUUACACUGUCACUGGUUCAGGGUUAUAGGAUGGUUGAUGGAGCGAGGCAGUGGUGGUAGGCAGGGAUAGCGAGGGUUCCUAUUCAGUUAAAUGAUUCUGCCAAAAGUAUGCAUUUGUGAAUGCUUUAUCAAACUCUUGUCACACUUUUCAGUGUAGACUGUGUGCAGAUACUGUAUGGAAGAAUUACCACUGUGUGAAGGGCACCCUAUUAAAUUGUAAACUUGCAGGGGUCAGUAUUUCAGGAGCUAAAGGGAAAGAACUAGAGGGGAUAAAGCAGAAAUAAGUUCUGGAACCAAGGAUGUAACUGCAUUGAAAACAAAGCUGGAAACCUUGUGUGCUACAAUGCUGAUGUGAACAAUCGUGUAUUUGACAUACACCUUACUGACAAUUAUUUAAUGUGAUGCAUUUAUUGGGAUUGCUGGCCAUUGAGGGCAUCUGUUCUUCAAACUUUUCACCUCAGCAGGGCACAGGCAAGAGCAGCCUGUUAGUAUAUAAGGUGUAAAUGCAGCACAGCUGAGCAGGUGGACAUGGAGAGAUCUUACAAACCACCCACUCCACUCCCCCACCCCCCCCACUCUUUAGUGAAGCAGCUUCACCAGAGUUGUGCUUGUACAGAGAUUUUAUUUUUUUAAGAUUAACCCUGGCUACCUGCUGCUUCACAUUGUGAACAAUGCCCAUAGGUGAUGUUUAUGUCAACUAGAAUUUUAGAGUCAGGGCCUUUGCAGCCUUUUAUACUGUCUGAGGGAAUAAUCCCAGCAUCCUUUACUAGAAGUAGUCCCAUCUCCUUUUGAUAUAUUUAAAUAAACAGGUGGAUGUUUGACUCCAUGAGGGGGAAAUUACCAGUUGUUACAGAUCUGUCCAAUGGUGUUGGGAGUAACUGGAGAUGAAUUUAAACACUGCACAGAAAUUGUUCUCUGCAACAUUACCGUUUUUAUUUUAGCUUAAUGAGAUUUUUAUUUCUGUAGUGUUGUCCCAGUGUGAUGUAGGUGUGCUUGAUGUUUUAAAAUCAGAUUAGAGAGAAAGCAGCUCUUACAAUGGUGCAUUUUAUAUAAUUUUAUAUGAAACCAAAUCAUUACUCAUUGUGCAAAUCGAUGUGUUGCAUUAUGCAGCACCACAUACACAUCCAAUUGCCUUUCUUUAAAUAAAGAUGUUUCUUGUGCUAGGUUUUAAGAACUCCCAACUCUGCGUCACAUGUUAUAACUUUUCUUUACUUGUAAUAAAGGUGAACAAAAUAAAUUUGUAAUGCUGUUUCUCAGCCCUCUUCCUCUGGGAAAACAAAAAUGAAACAAUUAAAUGAAUUAAAUAAA